CAAGAUCCCAACAUCAACCCUUGGACGACAUAGCGCUCAGAACCCAGAAAGCAAUCCAUUCGUCAACAAUGUCCAAGGAUCCGCCUUCGUAUCCGCAAAAUCACCUCCACCAGCUCAUCAAGGCCCGGGAUCUCGGUGCACUCUCCGACUUCUUCUCAAAUGCAUUCCCGCAGCUCUCAGUUGAGAUACAAGAGUUCUAUACCCCCUACACCGCGCUUCCUUAUGGACCUAGGGCGCUUUUGAGUGCUGCCGUGGAUGCUGAAUCACCGGAGAUCUUCAAGCUAGUGUGGGAUACGCUGUAUGUGCCUCAUCUCGUCGACGAGGCCGCGGCUGCUGCCCGUCCGCCGCAUUCAGAGUUUGGCGACGCGCCAGAGCAGAUCCCAUGGGAAUGCCUGAGGAAAAAUGCACUCAAAGGCAACAUUCCACUUGCGCGUGCAUUUGUGAGCUGUGAACCGUCGGCACUUGCUCGAAUCCCCCCAGUUUCAUACCUCCAUGGCUUCCGGGCCGGCAGCCAAAUCACGUCGGCUAUCAUCAGGGGGAAUCUCGAAUAUGUCGAUUUCAUGUGCUCCCAGGGUGUUGACAUCAACCACGAAUGGCCUCGUGUGAGGAUACUGCGAUACGUCGCUCAGCUAGAGCAGACCGACGAUCAACUCUUAGCUAGGCUGCGCUGGCUGGUCGAGAGAGGCGCGCGGAUAAACGGUUCGGGCGCCUUGCAAAUGCUGGCGGGAUUCUCUGUGGAAGGAGUCAGGAUCCUCCUGGACGCUGGCGCUGAUGUGGAGGAUUUGGAGGUGGCGGGGCAAGAUGGAAAGAUGUAUUCUGGUAAACCACCAGAAUCAGCCCUCAUUUGCGCAGCCAGACAAGGACAAGUAGAGAUAGUGAAGUUAUUGUUGGAGCGAGGGGCAGACGUUAGCCGCGAGAACAGCCAAGGGAAGACUGCAUUAAGCGUGGCCGAGGCUGAGGGCAAGAACGAGAUUUGUGUCAUCUUGAGGGAACAUUCAAUUGCUUCAGAGCCGAUAAUCCAAGAAUAAAGGACAUCAGUCCGUUGAUUCUACCAUUCAAUCACAAGACACCAGACAGAGGCACCAGACUCAGCUAUCAACUCAAUCAA